AUGAGAGCAAAUAUAUUAGUAAUUAGUAUACAUAUAUUAGCAGUAGCAUUUUUAUAUUAUUAUUUUGGGUUUAUAUUAACUUUGUUAGUAGGUAUAGGUUUUGAUCAUUUUGCUUUUAAUUUGAAAGUUGCUCUUAAAUUUGGAUAUGGUGAAAUCCCAGAGAAGGCCAAAUCAGUAAAAGUUGAGCUUGUAAAAGAAAAAGUAAAUUAUAUCAGUAACCCAGAUAGUAUAAACAAUUUAAAAAACUAUUUUAUUAUAUAUAACAUAUUGGUAAACCAUGGUAAAACCUGUUUAGAACAAGUAUUUAAAGAUAGAUGGUUAAGAGAAAGUGGUGGUGAAUCACAAUGGAAGAGUAGUCCAGGUUUUGGUGUAUUCUUAGCAGAUAGGUUUGAAUAUUAUAAAAAUCUAUCACCAGAAGAAAGAUUAUUAAUAGACAGUGGUUUGCUAGAGGAAAAAUGGGAUGUAGAUUUAUUAUCAACUAUUUUGUUAAAGUUUCAAUAUAAAAAUAUAAAUCAAGAUUUUAUAUUAAGUCAAAAUAAACAUAUUGAAAAAAUAAAAUCAAUAUAUUUAAAAAUUAUUGAAAUUAAAAAUUCUGAGGAAUUUAAAUUAAAUGAUAAAAGCCAAUAUAAUGAUUUUCAUUUGAAAAUAAAAAAUUCAAUUCACAGUUUAGUUGGUAAUAAUCUUAAAGGUGCCAAAGAUUUAUCAACGGCAAAUAUAGGUGAAGAGAUUAUUAGUUUAGAAUGGUUAUCCAGGUUUUCGGAAUAUUCAAACUCUUUUGUAGAAUCAAUGAAAAGAAAAGACUAUUGUUGCAGUACUCAUAUUAGUAGAAUAGUUAUGGAUGAAAAAGAUAUACCAAUUACAUACAAGGCACAAAUUUAUUCAAACCUAAGCUAUGUUUUAUUGGAAGAGUAUUCCAACGAAACAAAGUUCCCAAACAUAUCAACUCUAUAUGAAGCAAAAGAAAAUGCAAUUAACUCAAUACUAUUAGAAGUUGACAAUCCGGUGGCAUAUUAUAGAUUGGGUCUAGUUUUGAAAAAGUUGGGUAAACAUGAAUGCGCUUUAAGUUUAUUCAGUGUAGCUAAAUAUUUUAAAAAAGGAAAAAAAGAAAACAAAAUAGAAAGUCAAUUUAACCUUAUGGUAAAAAUGUCUCAAAACGAAUCAAUCCAAACAUUGGUGCAACGAAGUAAUUUUAAAGAUCCAAAAAAAAAAAGAGAUUUCAUCCAAGAAGCAAAGAAUUUUAUCAAAAAUACAAAAUUUAAUAUCCUUGAUAGUGAAAACGACAACAUACCAAAUUCUUUUGUAAACUUCAUCAUCUUUAGAAUAAUAGAUGAAUAUGUUACAAAUGAAAUGAAUAAAUAUAAAAGAAUGGAGGGUACUGGAAAGGUGAUGUUCAAUAUAGUGCCUAAGGGAGGAUUUAGAGUUUUCCUAAGAACAGCCCAUUUUAAUUUUCCAUUAAGUUUAUUCUUUCUAUCGGAAUGUUAUAGUACUGGAAUUCCGGACACUCUAAACCCUAAUCAUAUGGUAUCGCUUUCGCUAAUGUACCAAUCAAGUUUGAAUAAUACAGGUUAUAAAAAAAGUGAUGAAAUAAUGUGUGAUUUGGCCUUGGCCCAACGUUUCCUAUAUGGUGGUGGUCUUGACAUUGAUAUUGAGCAAUCUAUAUUUUAUUUUGAAAGGGCUGUAGCAGAGAAACAUGCAGAGGCUAUGUUUAAAUAUGGUGCGCUACUGUAUAAUGGUUAUUAUGAUUUUAUUCCAAAGGAUAAAGAAAGGGGAUUGGAUUUAAUAAAGAAAUCUGCUAUUCAAUUCGAUAAAGCUCAAAUUUAUUUAAAAGAAAUUAAUGAAGAUGAAAAUAAAGAUAGAAUUGAUGAAGUAUCAAAAAAUACCAAUAUAGAAAUUCCAAAUUCACUAUAUGACUUCGAUCCUGUUAAAAAAUGGUCCAUAUACAUGUAUAUUCAUUCUGAAAAGGUAGACAAAUUAAUGUUGAAAUGGUUUUUUUUAGAGGAAAAUUCAAUAGACUAUUUUGAUCAUGUAGCACGCUUAUAUCAACAGUCUAAAGAAUCAGAAAUGGCCACAAAGCUUAUCAAUGCAAUAGCUCUAUUCCAAAGAUUUAUUCAAUUUUUAGAAACAGCAGAUAAAACCAAAGACUCAGAUAUCGAAGAAUCAAGUCAACUACUAUACCAACUAUACCUUUCACCAGAAUACUAUAUAAUUAAUUUUAAACCUUAUCAUUUGAAGAAAUUAAUUCAAAUUAUUAAUAAUUAUAAUUUUUCCAAAUAUAAGCAAAAUAUAGUAGCUCAACUUAACAUGGUUUUUACAAAAGACACUUUCAAUAGUAAUAGAGAUGCAGUUGACCCAAAAAUGUUAUAUAUAGAAACAGUUGAAAAAAAGUUAAAAGAAGAUCCAGGAGAUCUCGAUUUACAUUUUAUGGUUGGUAAAUUAUAUUGUUUUUAUGGUGAAUUGGAUUAUGGUUUUGACCAUUUCAAAAUCAUUUUAGAUUCCAAAAAGAAAUUUCCCAAUGAAUCUCUAUAUUUUUAUUUAGCAGAGAUUUACCACUCAUAUUAUAUCGAUGGAGAUGGGGCAGAAUCUUCAGCUAUAUAUUCAAUUAAGCUAUAUCAAACCUAUAUAGAGUACUCGACAGUUGACGGUCUAAGAGUGGACUACUCGCAUUUUUGUAUAUCAUAUCUAUUUCUUAUGCUUGGUGAUAAUAAAAAUUCUAAACUGUGGUAUGAAAAAGGAUGCCUAUAUCAAACUAAACAAUUGCCUUUGUUUAAAGACAAAAUUAAACCAUUUAAGAAACUUGAAUAUUUAAAAAAUAAAUUUGGUUAA